AUGAAUUCUAAAAUUAAAGGUAUAACGGAUGAUAUAACAUCAAUUCCACCAGAAGAACAGAGAUAUUACGCAUUAAAUGCAUUUCCUAAAGUUUUGAAGAUUGGAAGAUUUAAUUUAAAUGAGGAAUUCAUAGAAGGUUUCCUAAAUGACAUAAUGAAGAAGGUGGAUAAGGAAUAUGUGGAUAGUGAGUUAAAUAAGAAGGCAAAUUUGGUUUAUGUUGAUGAAAAAGAUAAUGAAAUUAAAGAAAAGGUUGAAUGGUAUCAUGAAUGGACAUUUGAGACUUUUAAAGUUAAAGCUGAUACAGAAUGGGUUUCAGGAUGUUUAGACCUUAAAGCAGAUAAAACAUAUGUUGAUGAAAAUUAUGCAAAGAAGUCGGAAGUAAAUGAUGUGAUUACAAGCAUGAAAAAUGAAAUACUUCAAACAUUAUAUCCUGUUGGUUCUAUUUAUACAUCAAUGAAUUCAACAAAUCCAGCAACAGUUUUAGGUUUUGGUACGUGGAAGCAGAUUGUAGAUAAAUUCUUAUACUGUGCUAGAUAUUCAAAGCAAACAGGAGGUUCGAAGAAAAUUAAAGAAGCAAACCUUCCACCACAAACUCAUACAGGAACUACAAACUUUUCUGGUGACCAUAUCCACUCAUUAAGAGACCACCCAUUAUACAACUCAGAAUAUGAAGCUGGCAAUGAUGUUUUAUCUCCAGAUUAUAACCAUUCAGCAAAAAAGACUUUUCGACAAACUGAACCAGGAGGAAAUCAUUCACACACUUUCACAACAAAUCCAACAGGCUUGGGUAAAGAUUAUAUGCCACCAUUUGUGACUGUAUUCGCAUGGUACCGCGUUCAAUAA